AUGCCUCCUUUCAGUUCACAACAAUCUGACGCUCCAACUCUACCUGAAGACACACCAGUGGAGAGUAGGGAGAGAAGGAAAUGGACCCCAGCUGAUGACGAGGUUCUAAUCAGUGCGUGGCUAAACACAUCUAAGGAUGAUAUUGUUGGAACUGAACAAAAGUCGGGGACCUUCUGGAAACGAGUAGGAGAAUAUUAUGCAACAAGUCCUCACGCUAGAGAGGGUGGUGAAAAGAGAGAGCAUAUCCAUUGUAAGCAGAAGUGGAACAAAAUCAAUGAUCUCACCAACAAGUUCUGUGGCGCAUUUGCAGCUGCAGAGAGACAAAGUAGCAAUGGUCAGAAUGAGAAUGAUGUUCUGAAGGUGGCUCAUGAAAUCUUCUACUCUGAUUACAACAUGAAGUUUACCUUUGAGCAUGCUUGGUGUGUGUUGAGGUAUGAACAGAAAUGGCUUAGCUUUAACACUCCUAAAGCUGCUGGCAGUUCAAAGGGGAAAACUGGUGAGACAGGUUCCCAAACUUCAAGCACCAAUGUUGGUGAUCAUGAGAUCCGGCCUGAAGGUAUCAAAGCUGCAAAAGCCAGAAGGAAUAAUGCGCAAGGGAAGACUCUUGAUGAGUGUGAGGCUGAAGAAGUUGUCAAGAAUAAGCUCAUGGCCGAGUAUUUCUGA